AUGUCAGCGCUCAAGAAAGCAGCAGAGGACUUCGAGCAGCAAUACCCUGGGGCUGCUGAGCGGAUCAAGGAACACACGUACGUGGACGACCUGGUCUCCGGUGCAGAUUCGGCGGCAGAAGCAACGCGGUUGGUGGAGCAGAUCGAUGAGAUUGCUGGUAAGGUCGGCUUCACUCUCCGCAAGUGGUGCUCCAACGUGGACGAAGCGCUUCUACCACUCGCCGACGUGAAGAACGCAGCGGUGCCAAUCCAGUUCCCCGACGAACGCAACGCCAUCAAGGCGCUGGGGAUCCACUGGUUGCCGCAAGAGGAUGCGUUCACCUUCAAGGUCAACAUGAAAACGGAUGGACCAAACACGAAGCACCAGUUACUGUCCGACUCGGCGAAGCUGUUCGACCCCAUCGGAUGGCUGGCGCCAGUGACAGUGCGAGCGAAGAUCCUGUUUCAACAGUGUUGGCUGUACGACAUGAAUUGGCACGACCCGCUGCCCGCCGCGGUCGAGCAAAUGUGGAUCGAGUUUAAGGAGAACCUGCCGCGCCUGGAGCAGGUCAAGAUACCAAGGUGGAUGUCGAGCUACAAUGGACGCGUCGAGCUACACGGUUUCUCGGAUGCAUCCGAGGAAGCCUAUUCUGCCGUCGUCUACAUACGAACGUUCAACGAGAUUGACAGUGCCUACGUCAACCUAGUCGCGGCCAAAACGAAGGUCGCACCGAUCCGGCAGGUUUCACUACCUCGGCUGGAGUUGAACGGAGCGUGGCUACUAGUAAGGUUGAUGAAACGGGUGGCCAAGGCGUUCGAGCGGUUCAAGGUGGAAAUAUUUGCAUACACAGACUCAACAAUCGUUCUGCACCAACUUGCUAUCCACCCACGCAAACUUGACACGUACGUGGCCAACAGAACGGCAUCGAUCCUGGAGGUACUGCCACGGUCUCGCUGGUUCCACGUCAAGUCAGAAGAGAAUCCGGCAGACUGUGCCUCCCGUGGAAUCUCACCGGCGGAGCUGGUCAAUCAUCCCUUGUGGUGGUUCGGCCCGCCGUGGCUGAAGGCACAUGCGUCAACCUGGAAGCAUGAGAUGCCUGACGAGGAAUUCGACGAAGCAACGCUGGAGGUACGCAAGAAGUUCCGAACGUUCAACAUUGUGGUCAGACUACCAAAAACCACGUACGAAGAGGAGAAGCAGAUUCUUGAGAAGCGUUCUUCACUGCUUGGAGCGUGCCGACAGCUGUCACGGGUCAACCGGUUCCUCUACAACCUGCGACCGGGAAACAAGGAGAAGCGUUCCGGCUCGAUCGCCCCGGCUGAGCUGCACAGCGCGCGAAUGCAGUUCGUAAGGCUGGCUCAGCACGACGUCUUCCAGAAGGAGAUCAAAACCCUCGCCGCGGGUCGCGAGCAGUCGUCCCUACCGUUAGAGGUCAAGCACCCGGUGAUUCUUCCCAAGGAUCAUCGAUUUACGAAGCUGCUGGUGGCGGAGCUCCACUCGCAGAACUGCCACGCCGGACCGUCGCUCUUGACUGCUACGGUCAACCAACGCUAUUGGAUUCAAGGCUGCCAAUCGGUAAUCAAGCAGGUGAUUCACAACUGUGUGAGGUGCCGUCGUCUGAAGGCCAAGACGGCGCAGCAGCUGAUGGGCAGCCUCCCUGCAGCUCGAGUCACGGCGUGCCGGCCAUUCACUCACGUGGGGGUGGAUUACGCAGGGCCCAUACAAGUACGCUGCAGCAACACCCGAGGAACACGCGGUAUGAAGGGAUACAUCGUCGUAUUUGUGUGCCUCUCAACCAAGGCCGUACACCUGGAGGCGGUCAGCGACCUCACGUCGCAGGGAUUCAUUUCCGUACUCAAGAGGAUGAUCGCACGUCGCGGUUAUUUUUGCGAAAUCUGGUCGGACAACGGCACUAAUCUGGUUGGUGCGGACCGACUGCUGCAGGAGAUCUACGAAGCGAUUAUGGCACACAGCAAGGAAGCCGAGCAAUUCCUUUGCAAUCUCGGCAUCAAGUGGAAGUUUAUUCCGCCGGCCAGCACUCACCAGGGUGGCAUCUGGGAAGCAGCCGUCAAAAGUGCUAAGAGCCUGCUGCGUCCAGUCGUUGGGAACGAAAAACUGACGUUCGAAGAACUCAGUACGGUGCUCUGCCAAAUCAAGGCCUGCUUGAAUUCGAGACCACUCUGCCCGUUGUCAACAUCACCAUCAGUCUCGAAGCUCUGA